AGCGGAGGCCUUGAGAUGCUCUUCUCGGACCAGCGCCGCCACUCCCUCGUUCUCCCCGCCAAGGACCAGGACGGCAAGCCUUCCACGAUUGCGUAUCUGAUACAUCACCUCUGCGAGCAUGUCAUGAAAGACAGCCGCAAGGAACUCUUUGUUCUGCAGGACCAUCUACGGCCAGGUAUCCUAGUACUCAUCAACGAUGCCGACUGGGAGCUGGAGGGAGAAGAGGAAUAUGAGCUGAAGAGCGGCGACAAUAUCCUCUUUGUAUCGACCCUGCACGGCGGCUAA